UGCAACUCCGUCACCUCCUGUAGCUGCUAGAUGUUUUACGGUUUCAAUUGCUGCUUGUGAAGCAGAGGCAGAGAUGUCAGGUGCUGGUGGAGGGAAGCGGCCCUCGGGAGGGGACAGCCCCCCUGGCCCACCUGAGAAGAAGAGCAAAAAGGAAGAGAAGACCACCACCACUCUCAUCGAGCCCAUACGCAUAGGGGGUGUUUCCUCCACGGAGGAGAUGGACAUGAAGGUGAUCCAGUUCAAAAACAAGAAGCUGUGCGAGCGCUUGGAGCAGAGGCAGGCCAUGGAGGAUGAGCUGCGAGAGAAAAUAGAGAAGCUGGAGAAAAGACAAGCAACUGAUGACACCACUCUGCUGAUUGUCAACCGCUAUUGGUCACAGUUGGAAGAGAGUGUUCACGUUCUGCGCCAGCGCAUCAAGCCAGAAGCUUCUACGACACCUGCCCCUGACCUUCCCUCUGCCCCUCUCCCUGAACCUGUCCCGAUGGAGGAAGAUGGGGUGAUUCCACCGCCACCAGCCCCAGCCGUGCCUCCACCUCCACUCCCAGAGGGGCAGAAUGAGGAGGAGCAGGCAGAGCAGCAGCAGGAGCAGCAGGAGCCUCCUCCUCCUGAUGGGUUAGAAGAGUCUUUGACGCCCACAGACGUGCCACAGGGAUCAGCAACAGACGCACCGCCACCGCCUCCUCCCCUAAGUGAAAAUGCCAAGGCCUUCCUGGCCACGCUGGACCACAGCAGUGAGGAGGAGCUCACGCUGCAGCUGCAGGAACGCAUGCAGUUCAGCAAAGAGGCCGUUUCCUGCCUGGUCUGUGUCUUCGACAGGCUGCACAGCCGCAUUGAUGAGCUCUGCAACCGCGUCCAGGCUGCAGUGUGUGAGGAUGACAGCCAGUCUGACACUACCAGUCUGAACCGUAAUCUGCUGGAGGAGAAUGGCCGCCUCCAGGACCUGGCCUCCUUCCUGCAGGGCCGACACCACAAGAUGUCCAUGGAGUACAAUGAGCUGGUCGACAAGGUGACCAGCUCUGAGACCAAGGUGUCUGAGAUGGAGACGACCGUGGAGGACCUGCAGUGGGACAUCGAGAAACUCCGCAAGAGGGAACAGAAGCUCAACAAACAUCUAGCUGAAGCGCUGGAGCAGCUGAACUCUGGAUACAACAGCUCUGGCAGCUCAGGUGGGCUACCUGGAGGCCAGAUUACUCUCAACAUUCAGAAGUUUGAGAGUCUGAAUGCAGAGUUGGAGCAGAACCAGGAGUUAGCUAACAGCCGCAUGGCAGACCUGGAGAAACUGCAGCUGGAGCUCCAGGAGGCUGUGAGGGAGAGCGAGAAGCUCAAGAUGGACCUGAAGAAUAUUCCUGAGGAGGUUGUGAAGGAGACCCCGGAGUACAAGUGUCUCCAGUCCCAGUUCUCCCUGCUGUACAAUGAGUCUCUUGGUGUGAAGACCCAGCUGGACGAGGCGCGGGCGCUGCUGCUCACUGCCAAGAACACCCACCUCAGACAGAUUGAGCACAUGGAGAGUGACGAGCUGUCCCUCCAGAAGAAGCUGCGGACCGACGUCAUCCAGUUGGAGGACACGCUGGCCCAGGUGCGCAAAGAGUAUGAGAUGCUGCGCAUCGAGUUUGAGCAGAACCUGGCAGCCAACGAGCAAGCAGGACCAAUCAACAGGGAGAUGCGACACUUAAUCAGCAGUCUCCAAAACCACAACCUCCAGCUGAAAGGCGAUGUGCAGCGCUACAAAAGGAAACUGCGAGAAACACAGAUGGAGAUCAACAAGCUGCGGUGCCAGAGUGGCGACACAGGAGUUUUGAUCCUGGAAGAGACGACAAGCGACGGCAUGGAUGUGAAGAAAGAGGAAGAUGAGGAUCAGGAGGAGGAGGAGGAGAGGAGGAAGGAGCUGGAGAGGCAGCGGGCUCGGGAGAGAGAGAGGGAGACUGAGAGAGAGCGAGAGAGGGAGCGCGAGAGGGAGAGGCAGCGCAGUGAGGAGCUGAAGAGGAAGGACUCUGACACACUGAAGAUGCUCAGAGGGGAACUCAAGAAAGCCCAGGAGUCCCAGAAAGAGAUGAAGUUGUUGUUGGACAUGUACAAGUCUGCCCCAAAGGAGCAGAGGGACAAAGUCCAGCUCAUGGCAGCCGAGCGCAAAUCCAAAGCUGAGGUGGAUGAGUUGAGGGUGCGUGUGCGAGAGCUGGAGGAGAGGGAAAGGAAGGAAAGCAAGAAGCUGGCUGAUGAAGACGCCCUGAGGAAGAUCAGAGUAGCCGAGGAGACCAUUGAUCAUCUGCAGAAGAAGCUUGCUGCUACUAAACAGGAGGAGGAGGCCCUGCUGAGUGAGAUGGACGUGACAGGCCAGGCCUUCGAAGACAUGCAGGAGCAGAACAGCCGCUUGCUGCAGCAGCUGAGGGAGAAGGAUGAUGCCAACUUCAAGCUGAUGAGUGAGCGGAUCAAAUCCAACCAGAUCUACAAGCUGCUGAAGGAGGAGAAGGAAGAGCUGGCCGACCAGGUUCUCACCUUCAAAACCCAGGUUGAUGCACAGCUGCUGGUCGUACAGAAGCUAGAGGAGAAAGAGGGCAUCCUCCAGAGCUCACUGGCCGCUCUGGAAAAAGAGCUGGGUGUGCGGACACAAGCGCUAGAGCUGAACAAGAGGAAGGCGGUGGAAGCUGCCCAGCUGGCAGAGGACCUGAAGGUGCAGCUGGAGCACACCCAGGCCAAGCUGAAGGAGAUCCAGGUCUCCGUGGCUGAGAAUCGCACUGCACGAGAGAGGGAGAGCGGCAACCUCAAACGAGCACAGGAGGAUCUGUCCAGGCUGAGGAGGAAGCUGGAGAAACAGAAGAAGGUCGAGGUUUACACCGAUGCUGAUGAGAUCCUGCAAGAGGAGAUCAACCAGUACAAGGCCAAGCUGCGCUGCCCCUGCUGCAACACGCGAGACAAGGAGACAGUGCUCACCAAGUGUUUCCACGUGUUCUGCUACGAAUGUCUGAAGACCCGGUACGACACCCGGCAGAGGAAAUGCCCCAAGUGCAACUGUGCCUUCGGAGCCAACGACUUCCACCGCAUCUACAUCACCUAAUUUCACCUAGAGACACUGGAGAGAGAGGGAAGUAGACAGAACCAAAGGAGAGAAAAGUAGAGACAUGAGAGAUGAACCGAGGAUGUGUUCAAAGAGACAGACUUUUCUUGGGGAACAUCACAGGCUUGUGUUUUCCCAUUUUAAUCUCUCUCUCUUUGGAAAGACUUGUUUUACCACGUCGUUGCCAGUUGGUGCUUAAGUUUAUGACCAAACCGAUAGUGAGACUUCUGACUGAGUGAAAGUGUCGUGCUGUAGUUAAUAAAACACACUUGUUUGUACACACGUUGAUAAUUCCCAUAUGUUGAUGCCCUGCACUGUUUUUCCUGUCUUGUCUUUGCAGUUCUUGCCAAUGUUAAACAUCUCCACUUUUAAUUAACUAGGCCCACCUGUUUAAUAACUGAGAGUUUUUAAUGUAUUUAAAAAACAAACAAACAAACAAAAAACCCCUUCAGUAGUACAUGGUUGGUCUUCCUAACGUUGUUUGGAUCAUUUUGUCCUGCUGCUGGUCUUGGAAAUCCUGUGAAUUCAGUUUGUUCUCAACUUGAUAAGCAUCUGUGUAUUCAACUAAAGAUGCUUUUAUUAUUACAUAAAAAAACCACAUUUCUCUAAAUCCUUUGGUUAGGUUACAGUAUUAACAAUGCUUAAGAGACGACAGCUUAGUUUGGCACCCAGUCAGCACAUACAGGAGUGUUUGGAUCACCUUGGGCAAGGUCCUCAGUGUGUGUUCAUCCUGUUACCAUGGUUCCUGCUGGAGAGUUUGACACAACAUCUGCAGCUUAUAGUGCCUCAUUACUGAUGAAAUCACUCCAGUGGAAAGUCAGCUCAUAUGGGUGUCCUUAGUGGGCUGAGCUACUCUGGGUCCUCCUAGACUACUUUACUAAAGGUUACCGUGACAGUCAAGUAGAAAAACAUCUGUUUAACAACAUGGUUCUGGCCUAAUUGAACCAAUGAAACCUCUUUUCCUCUGUUCUGAUGAUGUGAGCUAUUUAAUAAGACUUUGGUCAGCGUCUGUUUGACGUUAGCUCUUGUGGGAAAGGCAGUUCACACCAUGUAGCACACUUAAAAGCUUCCAGGCUGCUGCUGCAAAAAACGGAGCCUGUGAUGUGAAAAAAAAAAAAUCUUAAUCAUGCACUGGGGAAAGUAAGACCUCCGCAUAAUUUUGAUGUUAUGUAGAAGGUAUGUCUGAAUGUCUAGAUUGGAAAUGGUAGGUGGGCUGUGGUUGUUUUCUCAUUUGAACAUGCAUAACCUGACAUAAAUAAAUCACAAGAGUUUUCA